AUGGACGUGGGUGUUGGUGGUACUUCUAAAACUGAAAAAGACCAAAAUGACCGAAAGAGAUAUUGGGAUGAUACUGAUGAGGGUCGAAGAAGUAAAAUGCAAAGGAAUGAACCACCUAAUUCCCCAUUGAGGUACAACAAGUUGAGAACAACAACCUCUCCUGCAAAACCCCCUUCUACUCCUCCUCCUCUUCCUCCUCCUCCUUCCGUUAAUGUUACUACCAAUUCUGUUAUCGUUCCCUACGCUGGACCAACAACGCAAAACCGCAACAUGCCACAAAAACACCACGAGGACUGGUUAAGUGAUUUGUUUGCCACCACCAGUAGGGCGAUCAAAGUAGACUACGGGAUGAAGGACGGAGUGUACAAUCUCAGCAUCAGAAACGUCUCGGCUUCCGAUGAAGCCGAGAGGGAGAAGCUCUUGACUCAGAGUGGAGCCAUGCUGCUUCUUCAAGUUUCAAAAGAAAGCAGUUAUAGUUCAGAUGACAGUGAUAGGGAAGAAGAAAAACCUUCUAAAACUCCUAAGAAAAGUGCUAAGGAUGUCGAGAUGGUUGAUGCUGACUCAGCAAAGAAAGUUUCUAAAACCCCUUCUACACCUAGUGCUGCAACAGGUGGAUCAAAGACACUAUUUGUUGGAAACCUGUCAUUUAGUUUGCAACAAUCUGACUUUGAGGAGUUUUUCAAAGAUUGUGGAGAAGUUGUUGAUGUUCGUUUUUCUGUUGACGAUACUAGGAGGUUUAAACGCUUUGGACAUGUUGAGUUUGCUAUUGCAGAGGCAGCACAAAGUGUAAGCUAUUGCUCCUCAAUAUCUAUAGAAUAUUAA